UUGACAGCUUAAUACAGACUAUUUUUGAUCAGGCGCAAACUGGGCUAUUUCACAAUAAAUACUGUAUUUGCAAUAAAUGUCAAUUUGCAUGAAACAUAAACACCGAAGAUUUAGGUGUUAUAUGUGUAGAACAAAAUGAGUAGUAAAAAUGUCUUGUUUUCAAAAAAGUUGUUGAUACCCUGGUUAGAAAAAUACAGUCAGAAGAACACAGGCUGGAAACUGCCCGACCACUUUUCACACGUUUCCUGUUACAUUUCACCCCUUUCGCUUGAAGGAUCCCGGAAGUGGCAUGGAACCACCAUGAUGUCAGAUAAAGAAGGAUCAAGUGCUGCUAGCUGUUACCUGGAUGAGAAGAGCUUCCAUCUCAGCUGCCAGCUUUUCCUCCAGUAUUCCAGUGUUCUCAAAGAUGGGUGGAGCUGGACAGAGUUCAAGGGUGUUAAAGAAGGCUAUAUGAAAAAGACCAUUCUAAUACCUGGAAGACUGUGUUCUUUGCUUAACCAGUUUUGGAAGCACAAAACUGAAGACGUGGAUGCUCUGGUAGAAGACCAGGUGGAUGAUGACACUGAAAAUCAAGCUGUAUGUGAAAACCAAGCUGUAAUGUGCUAUGAAUAUCAUGUUUUAUACUCCUGCAGCUAUCAGGUCCCUGUGCUGUACUUCAGAGCAUCUACACUGGAUGGACGGCUUUUGUCCCUUGAAGAGGUUUGGAACAAUAUUCGCCCAAACUACAGAAAACAUCUACUACAAGGACCUUGGGAUACUCUAACCCAGCAGGAACAUCCUUUACUGGGGCAGCCAUUCUUUGUGCUCCAUCCUUGUCGCACUGAGGAGUUUAUGCGACCAGUUUUGCAAAUGGCACAUGUGGAAAAAAGGAAAGUGAACUACAUUGUUACAUGGCUGAGUGUGAUGGGACCUAUGGUAAGACUGGAAGUACCUCUAAGCUAUUGUACAGCAGUGGCUGCUCCUGACUGAUGCCAUAACACGUCAGAUUCCAGUCCUUGCAGGCCAAAGCACUACAGGCUUCCGCAUUCUGCCUCAUUAAACAAAUAGUAAGCAAGGCCUUCAUGAGUUGAAUUCGUUUAAUUUUACUCGAGUAGCCAUAUAUGAAUGCUUAUAUUGUGUUUAUGUUUAUUCCCCCACACCUUGGUAGUCAAAGAUUUGUUGGGUGAAAGAUGCGACAGUUCUGGUCAUACUGUUCUGUUUAUUAUAAAAACCGUCAGCCAUGAAAAUAUGCAUGGGCCUCCAGGGACAUUCUCAGAUGCUACAAGUAUUGGUUAUAGUGCAGAGCUCUUCCCUAACAUAAUCCCUAUUAUAUGAACGUUUGUACACCAACUCUUAUGUUAAGCAGGCCAAUUUAAUAAAUAUUAACAGGUUUCUUGUUUGAUAUGUGUAGAGCAGGAGGAAAGAAAACGGUAUCGACAUGGUUGGUGUCAAAGGUAAAGAGAGUUCAGAGAAAUGUUUUAAAAAAGAAUAUUUUGGCACAGUUCAGUUUGGAGAAAGGAGUUUUGUUUAACUGCCUCAGGAAAUUGCUAACAGACUAAUCCAAUAAUAUUCAGACUUAGGUUUUAAGUUUAAGAAUUUACUGAACAAACUUUACAACUGCAACACCAAAAGUAAAAAUGUUACCUGACACAUUUGUUUUUCAUUUUUUAGAUUUUAUUUCAAAUCUGUUCGAUGUUGAAACAGACCCAUAGACUUAACAAGAAGUGCACAGGUGUGCAUUAAAAUUCAACGAAACUAACAGUACUUGUUAAUGGCAAAUGCAAAAGAAAACCAUAAUGUAAGCUAUAGACAUUGAAAACUGAAAUGCAAUGAGAUAUAUUGAUAAUCAUUAGAUAAUGAGAUCUUGGAAUAAAAAUCUAAAUGAUUAUUGAGUUUUCUUUUGUACAAAUCCAAAGGAAGUUGUAGCAGGAAAACUUGUUCAGCUGUUGUAUUUAUAAUUUGAGGAACAGUAACACUUGAAUUAUACAAAUCUGUGCACUGUUUUUUUUUUGGCAAAAUUUUGGGACAUGCUUUUUAAAACUAAGGAUACAUUUUUCAUGUUUCUUUCAUAAGAAAAUACCUUUGUAACUUAUGAUGUUUUAUCUGGUGUACUGCCUUGUUUCUUUGAGUUUGCAAUAAAACAAAUCAGAUCCAGGA